CUCAUAAAAUUCGGUUUUCUCUUCUAAAUUCUCUGCUCCUUCUCCGUGUGUUUUUCCUCUAGGUUUGAUUUCCUCUCCCUCGAAUUUCCUUUUCCGUAUUGCGCAGGAAUUGCUGGAUUUGAACUGCUUUAAACUUGUGCGCGUAUGUGAUUCCGAUGGAGGAGACGAUAAUUGUUAGUAACUUGCAAGCAAAAGAUGGUUGAAUAAAUUUUUUUUGGAUGUCAUGGACGAGAGUGUGGAUGAUGAAGUGAAUGACAUGCUUGCUGUUGAUGGAACACAUUUCAGAAGUAAGGAGAACGAAUACAGUUCAAAAUUUGGUGAGCAUGGUGUUCAGGAAUCACAUGAGGUUGUCAUUCUGAAUGAGGGUAAUAAGCAUGAGAAUCCCUCCCAGUACUUCUUUGAUAUUCUUGAUGGAAACAACAUGGGCAGAAUUGGAUCUUCAGGACAUGCAAGUUCAAGUCCCCGUUGUAUUGAUGAUAAUGAGAUUAUGGUCAGAGAGUUGACAUUCAAAAACUACAAUACUAGAAAUUUAGCGAUAGUUGGCAUUCAAGGAAACAUAGAGAGAGUGCAGACUAGACCUAAUCAAUGGAAAUCUUUAUGCCAAAUAGCUGGGGGAUCAGGAAAAGGAAGCUUACAAAGAGAAACCGCUGACAAAGACAAGUCUUCCACAUUAGUAAAUUCUUUAGAAGGUGAAGAGGACAAGCUGUUCACUGACUUUUUGGAGCAAAACCAGAAAUAUACAAAUGAAAUCCAUAAUUUAGCCAACGGAAAUUCACAGAGUAAUGAUGAUAAAUCUGUUCUGAAUCACAUGCUACUGUCAUCUGGAGGUAUUCGAACAAAAAUUGUAUCGAAUUCUGGGUUUUCUCAAUAUUUUGUAAAGGGUACAUUGAAGGGAAAGGCUACCAUACAUAGAGGCCUAACUACCAGAGAAUUGGGAAAUGAGUAUCUUGACCAUACUCAUUCUGAUUGUGCGAACAUUUCUUUAGGAGAUUCUCCAAGCACAGAUAGUGGUGUGCCUCCUGUUACUUAUGAGGAUGGAAUCAGUUUGAGGGAAUGGCUAAAGGUGAGGAGUUAUAAGCUAACUAAAACUGAAAGCUUGUCUAUCUUCAAGCAAAUUGUGGAUUUGGUGGAUUCUUCUCAUUCUCAGGGAAUUGUUUUACUAGAUUUGCGGCCAUCCUGCUUCAAGUUGUUGCGAUCAAACCAAGCUGUGUAUCUAGGAAAGUCUGUGUUCACCGAGUCCACUAAGAACGUCAUAGAUAGAGAUGUUCCUGAACCAGAGCAGGAUCAAUUGAAAAGGCAACUGGAGAACACCAUGAAUAACACUGUGGAUUACAAUGCUAAAAAACUCAAACUUGGUCAUCCCAUGAAUGCUACCAGAAGAUGGUCUCAAUUCCCACCCGGGUCUAGUGUGAGAUCAGCUCAAAAUAAUAAUGCAGACAUUUCUUGGCCACAAGGUUCUGUGAAUGACGUAAAUGAAGUACAUAAAUUUAAUAGCCAGAGAAAAUUCAGCUCUCCUCACUUGUCCACAAACCCACAACAAUUGUUGACUUCUGGAAGUUGUAUGUUGGAAGCUACGUGGUAUACUAGUCCUGAACAAAUCAAGAAGGGAAGGUGUACAUUUUCUUCAAAUAUAUACUGUCUCGGAGUUCUACUUUUUGAGUUAAUUGGCAUAUCUGACCCUGGAUCUGGAAGAUCUCAUGCCGCUGCAAUGCAAGAUCUCUCUCAUAGAAUUCUUCCACCUAGUUUCCUUUCCGAAAAUCCAAAGGAAGCUGGAUUUUGCCUUUGGUUACUUCACCCAGAACCCUCAUCAAGACCAACUGUAAGGGAAAUUCUUCAAUCUGAAAUUUUAGGUGGGAAAAAAGAUUCCCGAGAUGAGGUACUGUCUUCUAUAAUUGAAGAGGACUCUGAAUCAGAGUUAUUGGUAUACUUCCUUUCCUUGCUGGAAGAGCAAAAACAAAAUGAUGCCUCAAAGUUAGUCGAAGAACUCAAGUGUAUAGAAGCAGAUAUCCAGGAAGUUCUUAAAAGACAGACUAAACAAUCCUCAGUAUCUUUCUCAAGUCAUGCGUCGUUCAGUGUUUCUGGAAGCAGGUACAUUCACAUGAAUGGAAUGAAGUCGAAGAGCAUCCAGCAACUUGAAAGUGCUUACUUCUCUAUGCGAUCUAAGAUUCAGCCUUCCAGUAAUGAUGUAAGAAUGUGUAGAAACGGACAAAUUUUUAACAAUCCAGAGAACAACUAUAUGAAAGAAAUUAAAGGAGUAAUAAAGUCUGAAAACAGUGAUGGUCUAGGAGGUUUCUUUGAUGGUCUCUGCAAGUAUGCUCGAUAUAACAAACUCAGAGUUUGUGGACUUAUAAGAAAUGGAGACUUCAAUAGUUCUGCAAAUGUAAUAUGCUCUUUGAGCUUUGAUCGAGAUGAGGAAUAUUUAGCUGCGGGUGGUGUGUCAAAGAAAAUCAAGAUAUACGAAUACAAUUCUCUAUUAAAUGAUUCUGUUGACGUUCAUUAUCCAGUACUUGAGAUGUCGAACAACUCAAAGCUCAGCUGCGUUUGCUGGAACAGCUAUAUCAGAAACUAUCUGGCCACGAGUGACUAUGAUGGUGUAGUAAAGUUAUGGGAUGCAACAUCUGGUCAAGGGUUUUUUCAUUUGAGCGAGCACAAUGAAAGAGCUUGGUCUGUUGAUUUUUCUCGCAUGGAUCCCACCAAGUUAGCGAGUGGAAGUGAUGACCGUCUUGUGAAACUUUGGAGUAUUAAUGAGAAAAACAGUAUAGGCACUAUAAAAAACAAUGCAAAUGUCUGCUCUGUCCAGUUCUCACCUAGCUCCAGUCAUUUGCUGGCUUAUAGCUCUGCUGACUAUAGGAUCUAUUGCUACGACCUUCGAAAUGUUUCAAUUCCCUGGCGUAUAUUGGUUGGCCAUGAGAAAGCUGUUAGCUAUGUGAAAUUCUUGGAUGCCGAAACUCUAGUUUCUGCAUCUACGGAUAACACACUCAAGAUCUGGGAUCUCAAAAAAACAAGCGCAGACUCCUUGUCAACCAGUGCUUGUAUCUUAACCCUGAGAGGACAUACCAAUGAAAAGAACUUUGUGGGCUUAUCUGUCGCUGAUGGAUAUAUUUCUUGUGGCUCUGAGACUAAUGAGGUAUUUACGUAUUACAAGUCGCACCCGAUGCCAAUAACUUCAUGCAAGUUUGGGUCGAUAGAUCCGAUCUCUGGCAAAGAAACUGACGAUGACAGAGGGCAGUUUGUUUCAAGCGUCUGCUGGAGGCGUAAAUCGAACGUGGUUGUUGCCGCCAAUUCCACCGGCUGUAUAAAACUGCUGGAGAUGGUGUAGCAGUGAAUGGAGAAGAAGAUGAACAGUGAGUGGAGUUGGAAAGGGACAGCCAUUUUGUGAUGAUGUGCUGUUUUUGUGUGGCGUGCAGGAUUUGUGUCUGUGGUUGGCACAUCUUCAUCUUGGGGCACACACCGUACAAGUGCACAGAAUCUCUUAAAUACUGGUGUAGAGUUUGUAAAAAAAAUGUUGUAUCAGUUUGGUUGCCUGCUUUUAAAUUAUUUUUUUUUAAAUUAAAAAAAAACUUGUUUCUAGAGAUUUUGAUGUGUAUAAGAAGAAGAAAUUGGUGUCCAUUGA